UCAUAUUUCUUCUUUACCUAACACUGAAGCAGUCAGCAGUAAGCAGCAGAACUGAUCCGCUUAGCUACGGCCGCUUAACUGGUGGCGCAACCCUACCGGAGCGUCGCAGAAUCAGCGGAGCAGCCAUGGCCACAUCAACCGCCGACGUCCCCGACCAACGCAUUGCUCGGAUCGCCUCCAGUAUUCGUGUCAUACCUGAUUUCCCCAAACCUGGGAUUAUGUUUCAGGAUAUAACGACGCUGCUGCUUGAUCCUAAGGCGUUUAAGGAUACCAUCGAUUUGUUUGUUGAGAGAUAUAGAGAUAAGAACAUCAAUGUUAUUGCCGGUAUUGAAGCAAGGGGCUUUAUAUUCGGUCCUCCGAUCGCAUUGGCUAUUGGUGCAAAGUUUGUUCCAAUGAGAAAGCCCAAAAAACUACCUGGGGAGGUAAUAUCAGAAGAGUACUCUUUGGAGUACGGAACUGACAAGAUAGAGAUGCAUGUUGGAGCUGUGCAAGCUGGGGAACGUGCAGUUAUAGUAGAUGAUCUUAUUGCUACUGGCGGUACCUUAAAUGCAGCAAUACGUCUGCUUGAACGUGUUGGGGUCACCGUGGUUGAGUGCGCUUGUGUUAUUGAAUUGGCUGAACUGAAGGGUCGGGAGAAAUUAGGCGACAAAUCACUGUUUGUUCUCGUGAGCGAGACAUGAGGAAUGAAAGAAUGCUGCCCUUGCUUCACAAAUAAUUAUUGCUUUUCCUUCAAGAAUUGCUAGGUUCGUGCCUAAUCCCUUUGUACCUGUAUUCUAUGUUCACUUGAAUUACUUUUAUUUGGGUUAAUCAUGUCUAAACACCCUUCACUCAAGAAACCAAAAUUUAUUUGCAACAUUUUAAUUUACUUAUUGUUCGACAUAUUCAA